GGCCGUGGCGUGGCGACGUGUUUCCGUUGGGAUGCGUAGCAGCGGUAGGCGGAGCGAAGAGUCUAGCUUGGACGGAUCCGGACUGGGUACAGAGUCUUUCCUUCCCAUUCUCCUUUCUCCGCGGAGCUACGGGGAAGAGGCCUUUAGAGCCCAGUCUGCGGCCACAGCCGCUUCUCCAGCAGGACCCCGGAGCGCGAGGAGGCCGGGCCGAGCCCAGGGAGCGACGGGUCCAGACCGCUCCCAGGGCGAGCAAUCCUGAUUAUGACAUCAUGACCAUCCCCUUGGUGAUGGAGCUCAUCAUUAGGAUGGAAGAAUGAGUCUGAGCAUAACAUACAAGAUGGGUUACUGGGAGCAUGUCAUGAGAGGCACUGAGUGGAGCCGUGAAGGGGCUGGAGCCUUGUGAACAGGGACCCUGCCCCACACCACCUGCCAGGGCCUGGUCUCGGUGAUGAGACAUGGGGUAUGAUGUAGCCCGCUUCCAGGGGGAUGUUGAUGAAGAUCUUAUCUGUCCUAUCUGCAGUGGAGUUCUGGAGGAGCCAGUGCAGGCCCCUCACUGUGAGCACGCCUUCUGCAAUGCCUGCAUCACCCAGUGGUUCUCUCAGCAGCAGACGUGCCCCGUAGACCGAAGCGUAGUGACAGUUGCCCACCUGCGCCCUGUCCCCCGGAUCAUGCGGAACAUGCUGUCAAAGCUACAGAUUGCCUGUGACAACGCUGUGUUUGGCUGCAGUGCCGUUGUGCGGCUGGAUAACCUCAUGUCUCAUCUCAGUGACUGCGAGCACAACCCCAAGCGGCCCGUCACCUGCGAGCAGGGCUGUGGCCUGGAGAUGCCCAAAGAUGAGCUGCCCAACCACAACUGCAUUAAGCAUCUACGCUCAGUGGUACAGCAGCAGCAGACGAGAAUUGCAGAGCUAGAGAAGACAUCGGCUGAGCAUAAGCACCAGCUGGCAGAGCAGAAGCGGGACAUUCAGCUCCUGAAGGCGUACAUGCGUGCUAUCCGCAGUGUUAAUCCCAAUCUUCAGAACCUGGAGGAGACCAUUGAAUACAAUGAGAUCCUUGAGUGGGUCAACUCCCUGCAGCCAGCCCGGGUGACCCGCUGGGGCGGCAUGAUCUCCACACCGGACGCUGUGCUGCAAGCGGUCAUCAAGCGCUCUCUGGUGGAAAGUGGCUGCCCAGCCUCCAUAGUCAAUGAGCUAAUUGAAAACGCCCAUGAGCGAAGCUGGCCCCAGGGCCUAGCCACACUAGAGACACGUCAGAUGAAUCGGCGCUACUACGAGAACUACGUAGCCAAACGUAUUCCUGGCAAGCAGGCAGUGGUGGUGAUGGCCUGUGAGAACCAGCACAUGGGUGAUGACAUGGUGCAGGAACCAGGGCUUGUCAUGAUAUUUGCGCACGGCGUGGAGGAAAUCUAGGAAACCACAGCAAGACUAUAAAGCGAGAAGGAAACCUGAAAACCCCAUCACUCCACUGGGCAUGUCCCUCUCACCCCCAGUUGCCUAUAUUCAAGCCCCAGUUUCCCAAUCUCCUGGCACUAAAGUGCCCCAGGGCAUUAGUUUCUUCCUCCCUCAUACCUCUAGCCCCCUGUGCCCAAGAGGGAGAUCCAGAUAUGGAUGCUGUUACUCUUACUUCCUUUCCCCCCAGAUUUCUGUACAUUUUCAGCCUGAUUGGAAGGGCCCCCAACCUCCCUGGGGUCCAGAUGUUUGCAGAAGGCACACAAACGUCCAUUGCUCCUAGAGGAGAGGGAUGAUGUGUGACCCCACCUCAGACCAAGGGUUUGGAGCCGGUAGGCAAUUCUGGUCCUCAGCAGGAAGGAUGGGGACAUCUGAAGGGGAGGAGGGGCAAGGUCAGCAGAAAAGACCUAGGAGUGGUGAGUGACGCCAAAUAGAAACUGAUCAGCACUGGUGGCUGUGGGGGGUGGGGACAUGAGCUCUGUGCCAAGCAAGAACCUUUCUCCACCCUUGGGGGGGGGGAGGGGGGGAGGGGCAGCUUUUAGCUGAAUGGGUGGGGGAGUGGGUACUGACAUGUCUCAACUGAACCUCUCUUCAUCCUUCCCUUUUCAUAAAUAGAAUAUGGGUUUUGGAAGUUGGGGAGUGGGGUGGGUUGGUGCAAGCCAGGAAAGAGCCCUUCCCUACCUGGUCUUUGCCAAAGUGGGGUGGGCUAAUAUCCUUUAUGGAUAGGGCAAUGGUAGUUCCUAGAUUUCCCUUUCUUCCCUUUGUGAUUGUGGUUCAGUAUUUUUUGUAAUUUGUUUUUAGGUUUCAUUUUGUAUUUUUCCCCAUUUGGUGAGUUUUGUGUUUGAAAAGAGUGAGCCACCUCUGGCCUCUCCCAUUCUCCACUCAGACAAGUGUUGGUCAUUUAAUUUAUUUACAUUAUUUUUUCUUUCCUUUUAAAAAUUUAUUUACAUUAUUUUUUUUCUUUCCUUUUUUCUGCUCUUCAAAAAAAAAAAAAAAAAAAAAAAAAAAGACCAAAAAAGCUACCCUUCUCUUCUUCACCCAAACUCUUCCCUCCCAAACCCACAAGAAUUAAAAGCAUUAUUCCUUUGCUGUUCCUUUUGUGGGGAAUCAUCCUGGGUGUGAGGGUUGGAAAUGGGGUCUGUUUUUCCUCUUCAUUACCUCUAUUUACUUGAGUAUAAGUGAAUGCAGUGGUCCUUGGUUGAUAAGAGAACUAUGUGUCUACUUCCACACUAAUUUCCCAGAUGAGUCUCUCUGGUCCCCAUCAAAAUCUAUUGAAAGACCAACAUAACUGCCAUUUGGAAAGCUGGAGUCUCUGGUCCUGACAGUCCUUGAAAUUUAUAGCAUUCAUUUUUAUAGACAAGCUUCUCUUCUCCCUUGAGCUGGGGCUGAGUUGGAGCUACUUUAGCCCCUAUGUCAUUGGUUAGGUUUAAAUUGGUCAUGUGGGUAGUUCUCAACUCUGAAUUUGGCUACUAGUUGCUUGGAAGCUGGUGGGUGAAGAGUUGAUUUACUUCUCAAAGCUUAGUUUGUUGUUGGUCCUUUCAUAUCCAUUUGUUUUUUGUUCUCUUGAAAUUUGUUUUUUAGACCUUGCAAUUGGUGAGUAUACCCCCCCCUCUUCCCAUUGGGGUGACUAGAUCUCAAUGGGGAUAGACAUGUGUUCCAACUCCCAUCAGGAGCUCAGAAAUUAGAAAAAGCUUCACCACUAAGCAUAAUUAUUGCACCUAAUAAGUUUCUAUCUGACUCCAAGACUCAACCCUUUUGUUUUUCUCCUGAAACAUAAAAAAAGAACCAGAAGAGGGAUUCGGGCAGUCUCCACUCUUCACUGUGGUGUCUACAGGUUCUGGCUGUGUUUGUGUGUCAUGGUAUUGACUGCAUAAUAAACCUUUUAUCCUAUUCACCAAAUUCUUAAUUCAGCCUUUCUACCAGGAUUUCUCCUCUGUGCUCUCUUAUUUCUGGACUCUUUAAUACUCUUUUCUAUUUUUGCUUUAUAACCUUUUUUUUGGAGAGAAGUAAGUAAUAUGUUUAUGGCAUUUUGGGGUGUUUUUCUUAAAUCUUAAUUUCUUUCUUGCCAGCUAUUCCUAUUUUUACCUCCAAACAAUCCCCUUGUUUUUAGCUGUGAAUUGUUUGUCCAGGGCCUUGCAUCCUACCUUGAACCUUCUCAUCUCUAAUUGAUACUUACAGUGGGAACUUUACCCCUUUCUGUCACCUUUGCUUUGGAAACCUAGUUUUUGUACUUAAAGGGAACUGGGACCUCCUUUCCCUUGAUCAUUCUUAUGGGACGACCUGAGGAUACAAUAAAAUAGAAGCUUUUCCCUAGAGGAGUGUGAUGUACUCAAUAGAGCUGGCUUCACAGCCACAAAACCUGCCCUGAGAUUCAGUGCUGAUUGUGUGACCUGGGCUAGUCAUCUCGAGUCUCAGUGUAGAUUUGUACAGUGUAGUCUCAGGUGUAGAUUUGCCAUGAAGGUCCUAACCAGUAUGAAUAGUAAGUUUCCUUAUACAGGGAUUCCUGCUUAGUAAUGAAAUCCUAAAAUCUGUUUCUCAAGAAAGUUACAAUCUCGGGUGCUACAAUGCAGAAAUGAGAUGACCAGUAUGUAGUUACUGAAUCGUUCCCUUAAAAUGUGGUGAUGGAGCAGCGAUGUGGACUGACCGACCCUGUUUUGAGUGAGGGUGCUGUUGCUCAAAACAAUUUCAGAAUUCAAAUAACAUUCAAUAUACCUUCAUUUAUAAAGAGUAUAUUUCUCUCUCCCUCUCAAACCCUGCCCC